CUGCUGGCUGCAGCUGGCUGAGGAGGCCCUGAUUAAGGAGGAGGGGACAGUGCUCACAAGUCUAGGCAGCGUCCACAAAGUAUGAGGAGCCACCGCUCUGUGCUGCUGCUGUACCUGGGAUUGACCACCUGCCUGGACACCUCACCCAGUGGGGAGCAAGACCAAGAAAUCUUCCUGGACUCCCCAGAGGCCCAGAGCUUCCUGGGCAGCCUUAGGCGGAUUCCACGAGCCAAUCACUGGGACCUGGAGCUGUUCACGCCAGGGAACCUGGAACGGGAGUGUCAAGAGGAGAGGUGUUCCUGGGAAGAGGCGCGGGAGUACUUUGAGGACAAUACUCUGACGGAGCGCUUCUGGGAGAACUACAUCUACAAUGGCAAAGGAGGCCGUGGACGAGGGGACGUAGCAAGCAUGGCUGUGGGACUGACGGUGGGCAUCCUGCUCAUGGUCCUGGCCAGCCUGGGAGCCUUUUGGUAUCUGCAUUGCCGUCAGGACCGAGGCCAGCAGCCCUGUCCUCAAGAGGCCGAGCUCAUCAGUCCCCUGAGCUCUCUGAGCCCGCCGACGCCCCUACCCCCACCCCCAGGCCUCCCCACCUACGAGCAGGCGCUGGCGGCCUCUGGGGUGCACGACGCACCACCGCCCCCCUACGCCAGCCUCUGGAGGCCGCGCUGAAGAGCUGUUUCGGAGCCGGGGUUCUCCGAACCGUGCCCCAGAUUCAUACCGGAUUCCGGAAACCCCCAGGCCUCUUACACUCCGGAGCUGAGCUUGGAGGGGUGACGGCAGUAGGGAUCGUCCGGCCCGAGGCCUACCCUAACACACGUGUUUCCGCCGCCUACGGAUACACGCAAGUUCCCGGGCAACGUGUUCCCGCGUACCGGCGCCUCGCAGACCCCCACACUCUCCUAAUAGUGGGGGUACGCACCAGCCCCGCUCCCGGGAUAGGCGUGCGUGGAAACUCCGACUCAGGCGCGCAGUGCCUCGCAGACUCGCGUGUGAGCAGGUGUGACACGGCCAUCUCCCUCAAUGUCACGGGCCACGGACAGGCAGAGCCCCGCCUGUGUACACGCGUGUUUUCGUGUGCUCCCCGUGCGCACACGGGGGCACUCUGCAA